UUCCUCCUGCUGCAGACACACAACAUGGCGGACUAGAAGAGGCAGACGACACGCCCGGAUACAGUGAAUAAACGGUGGGAUUUACGUCCCCAUCUGCCUUAAGGAAGACUGAGAGACACCACUUUCUUGGGACAACUUUUGGGGAAUUUAAGGAAUUUUGAAGAAACGUUCUAGACACCUGUUUACAUACUGGCUCGCAAGCUCUUACCUUCCCAGUUUGGCUGUGUGUGUACCAGAUAAUUCCUAUCACCCAGGCCCCCCACACCAAACACGCUCUUGCUUCCUGGGGUGUGGAGACUGGGGCCGGGGUUAAAACGUGGAAAAGGGAAAACAUUAUAUUACUUUUGUAAGCGAAACUGGAGUCCCGGACCACACUGUGCGAAUGAGUGAUUGAUGCCAAUUUCGCACUUUAAGGGCAGUAUGGGUAUGUGUCCCCUGCUCCUGCUGCUCAGUCUAGCCCUGGGGACCUCUGCCCAGGAACCUCCCUCCCCGACAGGUCCAAUCCAUACUGCCAAACCCCCAAACCUUACUGCGGCCUCCCUCCUCAAUGUUACGGUGCUAACGCCCCCUGUUGCACCAACCACGACAAUUGCCACAGCAUCAACAGUUGCAACCACAACGACCACCACAACAAUCGCCACAACAACAAACAAUGAGGCUGUAUUAACAGGGGGUCCUGCUGCCACCCCCGUGCCUGCUCCCCAUCUUCCCCCUGCCCCAACCAAAGACCCUCUGGCCCCCCCGACCACAGUGCAGUCCCCAGUCUCAACAACCGUCGUCCAGGAUGGGGGAGGCGGAGCAUACAACGCAACCAGGCCUUCUGGUCCGGAAGGCACAACGCUGUACACAGACAUGGGUACAGAUUUUUCCCUGGAGAUGGAGACCUCCACUGAGACCACCGUUGAGCACACAUCGGCCAACAGCAACAACAUUCCAGGUGUGUGUGUGUGUGAACAAGAGCCCCCCUCUGAUGAAAUGCCCAUCAUCGCUGUGAUGGUGGCCCUCUCCUCCCUGCUUGUCAUAGUCUUCAUCAUCAUCAUCCUUUACAUGCUGAGGUUUAAGAAGUACAAGCAAGCGGGCAGCCAUUCCAAUUCCUUCAGGCUGACCAACGGCAGAUCAGAUGAAACAGAGCUACAGAGUGUGCCGCUAUUGGCCCGCUCUCCCAGUACAAACAGGAAGUAUCCGCCCCUUCCUGUCGACAAGCUGGAGGAGGAGAUGAAUCGUCGCAUGGCCGACGACAACAAGCUCUUCAGGGAGGAGUUCAAUGCGCUGCCGGUGUGUCCCAUCCAGGCUUCGUGCGACGCCGCCUCCAAAGAGGAGAACAAGGAGAAGAACCGCUACGUCAACAUCUUGCCGUAUGACCACUCCAGAGUGCAUCUCCUGUCUCUGGAAGGAGUCCCAGACUCCGACUUCAUCAAUGCUUCUUUUAUCAAUGGUUACCAGGAGAAGAAUAAAUUCAUUGCUGCGCAAGGACCAAAGGAGGAGACGGUAAACGACUUCUGGAGAAUGAUUUGGGAGCAGAACACGGCAACCAUCGUCAUGGUGACCAAUCUGAAGGAGAGAAAAGAGUGCAAGUGUGCCCAGUACUGGCCGGACCAGGGCUGCUGGACCUACGGUAACAUCCGUGUGUCAGUGGAGGACAUGAUGGUGCUGGUGGACUAUACCAUCCGCAAGUUCUGCAUCCAGCAGGUGGGCGACGUGUCGGGUAAGAAGCCCCAGCGUCUGGUGACCCAGUUCCACUUCACCAGCUGGCCGGACUUUGGUGUGCCUUUCACACCCAUAGGCAUGCUCAAAUUCCUCAAGAAGGUCAAGAACUGCAACCCGCAGUACGCUGGGCCCAUAGUGGUGCAUUGCAGCGCGGGCGUGGGGAGGACGGGCACGUUUAUAGUGAUCGACGCCAUGCUGGACAUGAUGAACACUGAGAGGAAGGUGGACGUGUUCGGCUUUGUCACCCGCAUCCGGGCUCAGCGCUGCCAGAUGGUGCAGACCGACAUGCAGUACGUGUUCAUCUUCCAGGCCAUGCUGGAGCACUACCUGUAUGGGGAUACAGAGCUGGAGGUCACCUCCCUGGAGUCCCAUCUGGCUAAGCUCUACGCCCCCUCACCAGGGGCCGGCUGUGGGGGGAUGGAGGCAGAGUUUAAGGUGUGUGUGUAUAAACUGACCUCUAUCAAGAUCCAGAAUGACAAGAUGAGGACAGGAAACCUGCCUGCUAACAUGAAGAAGAACAGAGUUCUCCAGAUCAUCCCAUAUGAGUUCAACAGAGUUAUUAUCCCAGUCAAGAGGGGUGAGGAGAACACAGAUUAUGUCAACGCUUCCUUUAUCGAUGGCUACCGUCAGAAGGACUCGUACAUGGCCUGCCAGGGUCCGCUGCAGCACACCAUUGAAGACUUUUGGAGGAUGAUCUGGGAGUGGAGGAGCUGUUCCAUAGUCAUGCUGACCGAGCUGGAGGAGAGAGGCCAGGAGAAGUGCGCCCAGUACUGGCCCAGCGACGGUGUGGUGGUGUACGGCGACAUCUCCAUCGAGCUGAAGAGAGAGGAGGAGAGUGAGAGCUACACCGUCAGAGACCUGCUGGUCACCAACAACAGAGAGAACAAGGCCAGAGCGGUACGGCUGUUCCAUUUCCAUGGCUGGCCUGAGGUGGGCAUCCCCACCGACGGCAAAGGCAUGAUCAACAUCAUCGCUGCCGUGCAGAAACAGCAACAACAGUCAGGCAAUCACCCCAUCACAGUGCACUGCAGUGCUGGGGCAGGGCGGACGGGGACCUUCUGUGCCCUCAGCACGGUCCUAGAGCGGGUGAAGGCAGAGGGCAUCCUGGAUGUGUUCCAGACAGUGAAGAGCCUGAGGCUGCAGAGGCCGCACAUGGUGCAGACACUGGAGCAGUAUGAAUUUUGCUACAAAGUGGUCCAGGAGUAUAUCGAUGCCUUUUCUGACUACGCCAACUUCAAGUAGGGACCAACAGGAGAAUGGACACCCAUAUGCCGUCACAAACACGCACCCAACAGAGAGAAGCAAACAAACUUUUCACAGCCUAGAUGAGUGGACGGACUGCACUGAGGAAAAGGGAAACAGAAGUGUUAGUUGCAACAACGGCAGUGCAGUCAUCAAAUAUGAAUAUCAGAGAUGCCUUCUUAAAUAUUUUGUAAUAUUGAUCUUGUUAAUACAGCCCUAUUUGUUGCCCCCAACCUCAAAAUGUAUAUAUACUUACCCUUUCUUCUUUUUUUCUUUUUUUAAGCAGCUAAGUUCAACAUUUUUAGGAUGACAUUUAUAGUGUAUUUUAUUGGUAUAUAUAUAAAUAUAAAUAUAUAUGAACAUCAACCUGACGCUAUAAUGGCCUAUGUUGAAAAUCAAGAGUCGGGAAAACGGUGUUGGGGCUUUCUUUGUGGUGUUGCUAUUUGUAUUUUUUUUUAAUUAUUAUUAUUUUGCAGUUGUGACAGACACAUAAAAGGCUGUUGGGUUCACCAGUCAAGCUGUAGCAGGUCAAAGCUAGUUUGUGAGACUCAAAGUAAGCAUUUACAGAGCCUAUCACAACUCUUGUUCUCUUCCGUCUUAUCACACACAAACACAUACACGAACCACAUGCUUUAUCUGGGAGCCUAAAUGCAGGGGCAGCCACAACAGCUCAGUGAAUUGCCCCAAAUCCCCUUUAGAGUCACAAGAAGUCAAGGUUCAACAAAGGUGGAUCAUGUGUUGUCUGGAUCUUGUUGUUCCUUUCACACUGCACUCCUGACCUGAUGACACAAGUGCACAAGCAUACCGCCCUAUCACCAACUCCUCUCAGGGCACAAACAAUAUAUAUAUAAAUAAAUAAAUAGGGAAAUGUGAAAUGUUCUAUUCUUUUAAGACAUGCUGAUUUCUGCAGAUAACUUUCUGUAUGUUGCUUAGUGUAAUAAUGUCUGCUAAAUGCCAUAAGCUACGUUGUUACUAUUGCUAUUUCCGCCUUUGUGCCAAAGCCCAUCCAUUAUCUUCCUGUUGCAGUUUUAGAAUUAAACUGCAACAGGAUUCUCUCAGCUAAGUCGUGAGUGAGUCUUAGAUUAUGGAUGGAUUUGCUUUGUGUUUAAGGACACUAUAAUUUCUGGUUAUUUGCAUAACCGGGCAGUAAAGCAUUUUGGAAAAUAAUAUAAAUACUAAAGAAUUGGUCAAAUGCAUUCUAAUAUCUUUCACAAAAUUAUCUUGAAACGUUGGUUUUGUUAAAACAUUAUGGUCCUGUACUGCAAAAGAGACUCAUUCAUGGAUUCUCUUACAUUAAUCAUUUGCACUCUAGAUACAUUGGUUUCAACAUUUUCUUAUCAGUUACUCCAUUGUUGUUAAGGACCAAUUAUGAUGUAUUUUAAGUAUUUUUCAUAUUUUAAAUGAAAAUUAUAAUACAUGUUCACUCAUCCCUUUUUUGGACUAGUAUUUCAUUUGACUGUAUUUCCUUUUUGAUUCUGUUGGUUGAAGUAUAGUAUCAAAUAACCCAUCUGCAGAACCCUUUCCCUUUUAGCUUCACCUUGUGUUUUGAUCAUCUGAAUUACAUUAUUGACAUCAGCAGGUCACCUUUACUGAAGAAUGUUGUAUUUCAAUCCUGUCACUUUUGAUAUUGCUCAGACAUUGAAUACAUUGUUACCUUUUGUUAAUGAAGAGUGCCCUGAAAUAUUUUGCAGUGAUUGUUUCUUUCAGAAAAGUCUUCUUGCAGCGUAAGGAAAUCUUGGGUUAACCUGAAAGCAUUCCUAUGAGUCUUCGUAACAUUUUAAGAUGUGAUUGUAAUGAAAGGUAAAAUUUCGGUUACACAGUUUAGGUAACCUCCAUUCUAUCUCGGUCAAGGCAGGAUAUGACUGGAAAUUGUGUAUUCUCCUGACGAUUUCCUGUUAAGUAAUUUAAUAUCUGUCUAUUUUAUCUGUUGACUGAGAUGAAAUUGAACUGACCCCUAUCCUGGUCUGUUGGACCAGUCUACUGUUUCCAACCGGUCUGAUUGUAAAAUGAUUGUAACUGACGAUAGUUGGGGGUGGUGUCUCUGAGACAUCUACAUAUUUGAUGAUAUGAAGUAAGAGAAGUCGCGAUCUGAGGUGGUCCAAUUAGGUGAAUAGUAUUGUUUUAAGUUCCCAGUUCUCCAUUUAUCUCCAUGUUUUAGUAUUAACAGCUAUAUAAGAGCCAUGAAACCCAGGUAAAGCUUUACCUGAGGCUAGUCAACACCAUAAGGAUUAGAUACUCCAUCUAUGUUGUAGUGGAUGGCUAUGGUUUGUUCUGGAUUUUCCACAGUGUUGUUAAAAGUAGAAGUACCAAAUAUCCAGCACUUGUGUAUUUUUUUUUAUCAAGAAAAAAUAAUAGAUUUGAUGAUCGAUUUGCGCCUUGCGUCAAUUUGCACCAAAAAGAAGCCCUCAAAAUAAGUAAGCCAAUGAAUAUGUAACGCCAGACAAGUGUCUUGGCCUUAGAGAAAUUAAGGGGCAUUUCAUUUAAUUAAGUCUCAAGCUAGGUCUAUUGCUCACCAUUUUAAUUAAACAUGAUCCACCUUAAAGGCCACACGUUUCAGUUCAUCAGUUGAGCUGUUCUCAUUUUGUCAUCAUUUCAUGUUGGCACAUCCUUCCAAAGCAUCACGUGCUCAUCAAGUGCCCAUAGCUUACAGUUGAUGACAUUUUGUUUGGAUUUGUUGUUUUCUUUAAAUGGAGAACAUCUAAGAACAUUUGGUAAGCAGUGCUGUGUCUGUGGAGCAAUGGGGAGUCUCAAGACAGUUGUUUGGAUGUUUGUGUCAAUCCUUUCUUCAAUAAUGUGGGUUUGUCAAUGAUUGUGUCUGUUUGGCAGAUUGUUACCUUAGUUGUCUUUACUUUUGACCCCAGAGGAAUGACACUGUGCCAACAUCUAACCCCUGUUGAUUCCAGGCUUCAUGGUGGCAGAAAACAACAAAAAAGUGCCUCACGGUUUGUUUUUUUG